AUGAAGAAGUUGUGGUACCUGGUGAAGGACGAACUGUGGCUUCUCAAAGAUCUGUCAUACCUUCUUGACAAUUUGUUCAUUUUGGGCCUCUUUAGGAACCUGUGGUACCUGCUCGAGCUUCUGGAAUUCUCCCCAGUCCUUGGGACCUCUUCAAGUACCACUGGAGACGGCGACAGCAGGUGGUCUGUUCACUACACUACCCAGAAGCCUCGGCAGAGUCUCCGCUUCAUCCCUGGAAAAAGACGAUCAGGCAGCGCCGAUGACCUGCGAGCGUGUCACGGACCAACUCGGCCCCGCCCACAAAGCCCCAGCCACGACCAAUCAGAAGGCAACUUGCGGCAGCGGUGGCGGGACAAAGGCAGGAAGAUGAGGUCCAGAGUCUUGGACUUUCUCUCUCAGUCUUGUUUUUCAGUUUGUUUCAAGUUUUCAGUUUGGAGGAGAAAGUCAUCGGCUUCCUCAGACGAAGAUGAGAGGUUCAUCUUGAACAACACGCGACCUCUGACCCCGCUGGUCCUGAACCCGGUCCAGCUCACCUCUUGCUGGGACGUCUUCGCGCCAACCUACGAGCCGACAGCGGAUGUGGAGAUGGAACCGCCACCUCGGCUUCCAACACCAGAGGAGAGAAUGAGGCAGCAGGCCAAGGCAGUCGCUGCUGAUGUUGUCCCCAUCAACGUAACAGGUGAGAGUUUUGAUCGUCAGGCCAGUUUUCGGAGGACAGUUUCUAAUGUCGACUCACUAACCCGGCGACCCCGUAACCUCAACCGCCGCAAGACGGUUACUGGGAUACCGGAUGACGUCAACCUGAAGCCUUCGGGUUCCACGGUUCUUCCCAGUCAGUUCUCCACAGUGGGUCGACCUGCCUCCUCCUCGUCCUGCAGGUCCCCCAACCAAAAGGACACAGAGGUGGCGGUGGAGGGAGGAGAAGAAAUCAGGAAUCAGGGACAGUCAAGGAGGAUCCGAGCCCCACGAGGAGAGGGAAUGUCCAGCCUCAUGGCCUCCCUCACCUCCUCCCUCCGUGGCAAAGACCAUUCCUCGGAGUUCCACAGCCUCCCCCGUCCGGCAACCAGCUCCUCUUUGAACUCUGAGGUCAGCUGUACCAGCGCCUCCUACAGGACGCUCAGUCCCUCCUCGUCUUGCUGCCAGUCACAGGGUCUACAGGGUUUUCCCAGCGACCUCCAGCCCCUGCUGCCAUUUGACCCCACAGCCAGAAUUGUGCCGCUGUCUCCUUUUUCGUCCUCAUCCAUUCCUGGUACGCCCCUACCAUCAGAGUGGGCUUACCCUGGGGAUAAGCCCCAGAAUGAGAGUCCUUCCACCACUCAUUACCUCUCCUGCUCCUCCAUCACUGAUUCAGAGUCUCAAUAUAGCUACCAGACUCUGGAUGACCAGACCCCAACCCACCAGAACACCCAGCGUUUCUACGAUUGUGAAUCCAAUGGCAGGGAUAGGUGGCGCUACAAGCCCCUGUCCCCCAGCUCCAGUGUCCACAGCGGUAUCGCCCAGGACACAACAUGUGCUUCUGAGGAAGGUUGGAAUUGCGAUCCUCUGCUCUACUCUGGUCGCUCCUCCCCCUCCUGCAAUGACAGCAACUCCUUGUGUUCAGAGAAGACGACUUCCUCUCCCUCACUAAGCCGAGAGAAACGGAGGUCCAGUACGUCUUCCUCCUGUUCCUACUAUCGCACUGCCACCCGCAGCAUCUCCCUCCGCAAGUCCAAGCGCCCACCUCCUCCACCGCUACGCUCGGACUCUCUGAGGCGCCGAUCUAGUCGGAACAAACCCGCACGCUUUUCCACCAGUCCCCGUUUGGAGCACACCGCUCAGUGCAAAUCAUCUCCCCAGACUUACCAUGACCCCUGGGUGCCCCGGACUAAAAGACGCCAGAGUGGGCUUAACUGUGGGACUGUCACAACCUUUGAACCUUUGAGCUCAGACUGCCAAGCAUCUGCUGAGUCUCCUGCUCCCAAUCACCUACCUACAAGCCCUGACCACCCUCCUGUCCUCGCCCCUGCAUCUCCAGGUUUGGGAGAGGAGGGCAUGAGACUUACUCUCAACCCCCAGCCAGUUGGCUCCUCGGGAGCUGGGCUCCAGCGCCUCGCUUCACCCUCCAGUGGUUACUCCAGCCAGUCCAACACCCCAACUCCUGGCACUCCACUGUCUUCCCCCCUCACCCCAUCCUCCCCACUCACAGCCAGCCCUGGAGCCUUCUCCCUCCCACCGACCUCCCCUUUCUCCACUUCAUCUUCCUUCCCCCUUUCACCCGUUGCUUCAUCCUUGCCCAGGACAAAGUCUCGGGCCGAUGACAGGCCGAAGCCACCAGUGCCAGAAAGAAAGUCGUCACUCUUUUCGUCCCUUUCAUCCUCAUUUUCCUCCACCUCCUCCCUCUCAUCCUGCACCUCCUUAGAGUCCUCGGCCAAGGUUCCUCUCCUGCCUCCUCCUCCUCCCCCCCCACCUCCUCCUCCUCCUCUGCCAGAAUCUUCCUCCCCUUUGCCUUCUACUCCUCCUCUUCUCACCAAACUCUCUGUAGCUCCUCCUACACUUUCAUCUCUUCCUCCUCCUCCACCACCUCCUCCUCUACCUCUACCUCCUUUCUCCCGGCCUCCUCCUCCCCCCUACUCAUUCGCUAACUUACAAGACAUUAUUCCUAGCCCAGCGAACCAGAGAAGCUCUGGGCCUCAGCCAGGCGAUGGUGAAACUCUUCAAAACAUCAAGUCUGAUGAACAGAGGAGGGAAGACUCAGACAUGUAUGCCCCACUUGUAAGCAAUCAAGUCGUCAGUCCUGAGAGUCCUUGGGUAAAAAUGUCUUCUGACAAAAAUCACAUUGACACAAUUAUCCAAGAUGCUUCUUCACAACAGCAGGUCAAAGAUGCAGUGCUGACAAGCACUAAGCUAACAGAGCCUGCAGAGAAACAUAGAGAAAGCAGAACAAUACAAUCGGUAGAGAAAAAUGAAAAGAAUAGAUCACAAAUGCAGAUUCAUGAUGCUGCUGAUUUAGCAUAUGUUGAUAUGAAAACCAGUAACAGUAACUUAAGGGGAAGGAGCCCAAAGAAGCUCUGCUCACCAGAGAAGCCAGUUCCACCAAAGAAGCCUGAUCUUUGUAUCCUGGGUGUUAUGGCAUCCCCCAAGACCAGGCGGGGACAAGGUGGAAGGAAGGGCAGUGGAAAAAUUUCAGCUCUUUCUUCAGGACUCCCUGCUGACUCCUUCAACACAUGCUUGCACACACAUGUGACCCAAGGUGCACCUUCACCAAAGCACCUGACAUGCACCACUGACAACUCGGUGACACCUGCACAUUUGAUUUCACCUGACAGCUCCCCUCAACGGCAGAAACCACCAAUUUUGCACAAGAAGCCAGACCUCUUAUUGACCUCACCACAAACAACCAAACCACCCUUUACAUCUAAGAAUAAAGAGGGGGCCCUCAAAGGAACCUCUAAGACCAGUGGCAUAUCACAGACUCAGAGCACCACAGGGCCCAGUAGCACCUUAGAAACCAUGGGCAUGGGUACUACAGGGGCUAGAAACACUUUAAAUGAGACCAGUAGCACCUUAGGGACCGUCUAUGGAACCCAUGACCUAUCAGGGAUUAUGGGUAUGGGUACAUACAGCACCUUAGGGAGCUCCAGUGCCCAUGCAGCUACUUAUACCUGGACUGGGGGCACCCAAACAGGGAUAACAGACCCCUGCUGUACGAGAACUACCAAAUCAAGACUUUAUCAGUAUGAUGAGAAAACAUUUCAAAGUAGGAUGAUGAGGUCAUCGCUGGCUGAAGACGUAGAGGAAGAUGAGAAGGAAAGGCCGAUAGAGAGAGAGAUGAAGACAGCGAUGAUGACGAUGGUUUCAUCCACCACAAAGAAAAAGGACAAAGCAAGGAAGAGGAGGAAGAGGAGGCCUGGCAGGCAACUACUGAUGAUGUCAUCAGCAAGGGCGCCCUCCCCCUCAUCGUCAUCAUCAUCAUCGUCGUCAUCCUCAUCGUCCUCAUCUGGAGAUGAGCGAGAUGUGACAAAGGGCGUGAAAACCCAAGUGACUGAGAAGGUGAGAGCGACGAUAGUGUGUGAUCAAGAGACGAGUGACUCAGAAAGCUCCUGUGCUCUGAUUGGUCAGAGCAGGUACUCGCUCAGCAGCGCACUGUCCACUGACAGCCUGCGAGGGGAGCUGUCACUUCCAGACCUCCUUAUACAGGAACCGGAUGAAGAACAGGAGGAUCGAGGAAAUGAAGGAACCCAGAGGAGAGGGGAGCAGACAAAGGAGGCCAGUGGACCUUUAAAUGCUGAUCUGUUCGUGAAUGUUUCGGCAGAUCAGAUGUUCGUCCCCGGUCGACCCCGAACCACAGAGGAUCUGUUCGCUGUCAUCCACAGGUCUAAGAGGAAGAUGCUUGGUCGAAAGGAUUCAAACGAAGACAGGAAUCGUGCCUCCUCAUCCCCUUCGUCCUCUCCGGUGACCCCCGCCGACCCCCUGCCUCGCCCGGCUCGACCUGCCGCCCUCCGAGGCCAAAGGUGCCCGAGAAGCGAAAGCUUCAAGGCUCUCCUGCUGAGGAAGGGGAGUCGCCCCGACGCUUCCUCUCGAAUCUCGGCGGUCGAGCGGCUUCGUAAAGUUGCAGCUUCUCCUGCUGCUGAGCUCCAGAUGGAACCUCCAGACCUGGUCAAGCCCUUCAUCCUGCCGCCCACAUCUCCGAGCUCUCAGGACUUCUCUGCAAUGUUCGGUGAUGAUCUGAUGCGCCUCCUGCUCACCUCCUCGUCCUCGCCCUUCUACUUCCUCACCUCCCCCGCCCCUGUGCGACCUCGCUCCCUCACCCCGCCCUGCUCGGCGAGCCGACGCUUCGCUGCCCGCCGACGCCUCUUUGCCGCCCCGAUGACCGCCAUCUCUGAGGGAGAAGGUGAGGAGGAGGAAGAGGAGGAAGAGGAGGAGGAGGUCUUCGGAAGCGGUGGAGAAUCGAGCCUGAGAUUGGUUGAGAUUUCUUGA